AAGAAGAAAUUAAACAACAAUCUGAUCGAGCUAAACUUUUCGAUAAGAACAAUAAAGAUUGUAUUAAGGUAGGCGAUGUAAUCAUGGUAGAAACAUACAUAAACAAAGGAGGCGAAGCAGUUUCCUCCUUCGCAGGCGUUUGCAUUUCAAUUCGAAGACAAGGCAUUGAUACAAAUUUGACUUUACGUAAUAUAAUCUUGAAAGUUGGAGUAGAACAAAGAUUUUCUAUAUAUUCACCAAUGAUCAAAAAUAUUAAAAUUUUACAAAGAGGCGAAGGAUUCAGACGAGCAAAAUUAUUCUAUUUAAGAGAUCAACCUGGUAAAGCAUUUCAGAUUGGAGGAUUGGUGAAGCAAGAAACGGUAAAGAGAUUGGCAGCUGCAUCUAAUAAUAAAAAAUAA